AUGCGUUUCUCCGUCAUCUCUGUUUCCCUCCUCUCCCUCUUCGCCUCCUCGGCUCUGGCUAUCCCCUCCGCUUCUGGCGCCCUGAGCUGCAGCGAUGUCAGCUCUGAGCUCUCUGGCUACGAGCAGCGUCUCGCAAAGGCCACCGACACCAGCUCUCCCAAGUACCAGGCCGCCCAGAACCUGAUCGACUCUGCCAAGAACCUCCAGUCUGCCGACUGCGGCAGCUCCAGCAAGAGAUCCUACUACCCUCCCGAGAGCACCGGUCUCAUUGGAGAGGUCCUGAACGCUGUUGACUCGCUCCUCGAGGCUCUCGGUCUGUAA